CGGGACGACGGGGGAGAGGCCUAUCCAAAUCUCGCGAUAACUAUCAUGCUCACUCCGCCCGUCGACCCUUUCGGGCCCCCUCUUGGGCCGCCUCCGCUCGCACGUGGAGUUGUUGUGGUAGUGACGUCAGACGGCCCGGAAGUACUCCUUACCGGCAAGAGAGGUCGCCAAGAUGGCGGCACCCAGGUAGCCGGUGCGAGGCAUGGUGCCGCGGUGAACUUGGGCUCUCACUCGCUCCGGUCCGCUGAGGCGGCGUCGGACUGAGGCCAUGGCCCCAGGCGCCUCCCCCGCGGACCAGCCGGGCUUCGGCGUGUCCCUUCUGGCUGGAGGGGUAGCAGGUGUCUCUGUUGACUUGAUACUAUUUCCUUUGGAUACCAUGAAAACUAGACUCCAGAGUCCGCAAGGAUUUAAAAAGGCUGGUGGUUUCCGAGGAAUCUACGCUGGUGUUCCUUCUGCGGCCGUUGGAUCCUUUCCUAAUGCUGCAGCAUUUUUUAUCACCUAUGAAUAUGUAAAAUUUUUAUUGAGAAUGGAAUCAUCAUCAUACUUGGUCCCAGUGACUCAUAUGUUGGCUGCCUCUGCUGGAGAAGUGGUGGCCUGUUUCAUCCGUGUUCCUUCAGAAGUUGUGAAACAGAGGGCACAGGUGUCUGCUGCUUCUGGGACAUUUCACAUUUUUUCCAACAUCCUGUAUCAAGAGGGCAUCCAAGGAUUAUAUCGCGGUUAUAAAAGCACUGUUUUAAGAGAGAUUCCUUUCUCUCUUGUGCAGUUUCCUCUGUGGGAGUCCUUAAAAGCCCUCUGGUCUCGGAAGCAGGACCAUGUGGUCGACUCUUGGCAGUCAGCAGCUUGUGGAGCUUUUGCAGGUGGAUUUGCAGCAGUAGUCACCACACCUCUGGACGUGGCCAAGACAAGAAUUAUGUUGGCAAAGAUUAUUUGCAGGUGUUUUCCCUCGAAUGGCAGCAGUCAGCUUGGGAGGUUUCAUCUUUCUUGGUGCUUAUGACCUGACACGCAGUUUGCUGUUUUAACUUGGCAAAGCAAGCCCGUGAAUCACACCCAAAGGCCAGCUGAUAGGCACUUCUUUCAAGUAAGAAGAUGUGGUGUCCAUCAUGGCCCCAAGCCCCACUACCCCUCCCCUCCCGCGUAGGGAGCAAGAGCUGGACCCUCGUAGCAACCAAACGUUUUAUAGGGUCUGGAAAUACAGUUUUGAUACAAAUGACAUCCAAAGUGUCCUGUCCAUGGAGUAGGCUGAGCUGAAUGAAGUCAUAGAAGUCUGUCUGCCAAGAAGAGAAGUUAAUCAUGUCACCAAAAGCUUUCUGAAAGGGAUUCUCAGCCCCAUCUUCCACCCCCACUGCUAAUGAACAAAAUUAUGGCCCACAGGAUCUUUCAUCUGAUCUUUCAUUUCCUGCCACCUGAGAGUCUCCGGACACAGCCUCGGUCAGGAAUGCUGAAGCAAAGAAAGUCCAUUUGUUUGGGGUUUGAUUCAUAUUGUGAAAGUUUAUAGCUUUGUUUAGACCCACAGGUGCAGAGCAGGCCUUCUCGCUUGCCAGUCAGGCCUGUGGCUUUAAUUACCUUCAGAUUUUGCUUAUAAACACACAGUUGCUUCCCUCAACUACAAGUUGAGCAUCCAGCCAGCUUUUGGGAUAUGGGCCCAGCUCUGACUUUUGGGGGUAGAGAAAAACUCUGCUCAACUGGAGUUCAGGAAGCAUUGGGUCAGUCUAGGGGGUCUAUGCCUGCUCACCACUUUUCAAAUCAUUGAAGACUUUAAAAUUAAGGCCUAGAAUUAUCAAAUCAGAAAAAUCUCAUGGUUAGGUUUGGAACUUCUCAUUCCUGUCUGGUGGCUGUAGCUACAGGUAAAAUCUGAACUGUCUGAGAUGAUUUCUGUUCCAUCACUACUGCAUGGAAAUGUUGCUUUCUCUACAAAGAGAAAGAAAAGUCCUUAUCAUCUGCCCCCCCUCCCCCUGAAGAAAAGUUCCAGUCAACCCAGGAAAAUUGAUAUUUAUAAAUGAACCUUUAUUAAAAGACACUUCAAUGCCAUUUGUUAGACACGUCAAUAUUUUACAUGUUUUUUCAAUGUACAACAUUGUACCAAAUUUUCUAUAAAUAAAUAACUUUGUACACAAAAGCCAUACUUCCUCUUUCACAUUGCCUCUCAGAAGCAGCAAAUUCACAUAUUUUGUGGAAGUAACAGGAGACAGUGAACUGCCCCAAAAUAAGAAAGAUUCUUAACGUGACACAUGUGAUCAGGCAUUCAAAAGCACAAUGCAAAGUGUUAUACCCAGAACACGGAUGCCCUGCUUUGACCUACAUUUAUUCCAGGGUUUUUAAUUGUUAGUGGAGUUUUGAUGAAAUUCAAUGUGUUACAUGUUGGCACUCACAACAUAGGGAGCCACCUGUCUCAAAAGUGCAUAGAGAACUGAGAAGCCAGUAGACAGGCAGCUGGCAAAGUUACGGCCCGCACCCUGGCCUGGUGUUGGUCCAACUGAGGCCAUGUAGACACAUGGGUGUGCACUCACUGGUAAGCAACUGAGUCCUUUUGUGAAGACCCUUAAAGAGAAAUGAAUUCUCCUUCCUUCCUAUCUCCCCCUCCCCCCAAACAUUCUUCACAGGGCCAAUAUUUUGCAGUCAUAUAUUGUUGUUCAGUUGUUUCGGUCAUGUCCAACUCUUCGUGACCCCAUUUGGGGUUUUCUUGGCAGAGAUACUGG